UUUUUGCUGUGAAGGAUGAAGACCAGAACGUAUAGUCGGUGGGAGAUCCAUACCGAUACAGCCAAUCUCGUUCUACCACCAUAUACCACAGUCCACAAAAUACCACCAAAACCACCUCACAUUUCUCUCUCCCUCUCUCCGCACACUUGCUCACGAUCGCGUUCACGUUCAGAGAGUGGCCGAUCGCCCCGUGCCACAUAAUAUCCCACCCUAUCUCCGGCGCACAUUCUUACCGGGAUGCCAUUUUCAGGCCACUCUAGGUGUUUAAAAUGAAUGGGAUUCAAAACAGGAAAUUUCACACUACUGAGAAACAGUUUCCAGGAUGUCUCGGAAGAAUGGUGAACCUUUUUGAUUUGAGUUCAGGCAUUGCUGGAAACAGGCUGCUAACAGAUAAACCUCAUCAUGAUGGUUCUUCACUCUCAAGGAGCAGAUCAGAUGUGGCAAGAACGUGGAGUCCUCCUAUUGGAGAUCAGAUAGAGGAUAAACUGAUUGUACCCGAUUUAAGGAGAACUUCGAGCAAGAAGGAAAAUGGAACACCGAUAAAGAUGCUUAUAGACCAAGAAAUGUUGAAAGAAGGGGAGUCUAAGCACAACCCACCUAAUGUUGUUGCAAAGUUGAUGGGGCUUGACACCCUCCCCCACCCGCAGCCCGAUUCAGCUGCUCAAAGAAACCAUGCAAAAGGUAAUUCAAGACGUAGUUUAAGCCAUUCGGGGAUAACAUUGGGAUCUUGGCAGGAAGAAGAUGGCUUCUCUGAUAAGGGAAUGCUAUGUGAAAUUUAUCAGUGUCCAGAACAUAAUGAAUAUAAAGAUGUUUAUGCAAUCUGGCAGCAAUCUGAAACGAGAAAUUAUGCAAGGGAUAGAUCGCCUCAGAAAGAAAGGCGUAGUGGAAAGAUUAAUGAAAAAAAUAUGGCUCUUGUUCGACAGAAGUUCAUGGAAGCAAAACGCCUGGCAACAGAUGAGAAACUUCGCCAGUCUAAGGAAUUUCAGGAUGCUUUGGAAGUUUUAAGUUCCAACAAAGACUUAUUUCUUAAAUUUCUGCAAGAGCCAAAUUACUUAUUUUCUCAACAUCUGAAAGAUCUGAGAUCUAUUCCUCCACCUUCUGAGACAAAGCGUAUCACUGUUCUUAGACCUUCAAAGAUGGUUGAUAGUGACAAAUUUGUUGGAUCAGGGAAGAAGAGCGAUAAGCAAAUAAAGAUGCCGGGCCAAGCGGUUUUGUGGAACAAAAAUGACCUUGGAUAUUAUCCUAUGUCCACCGAUCAGAAAGUUGAUGAAUUUCCUGGUCAACCAACUCGAAUAGUGGUACUGAAGCCUACCCCUGUUGAGCCUCAGGACAUCAAGGCUGUUGUUUCUUCACCUUCCUUGUCACCUAGAGUAGUACAUUCUGAAGAUUAUGAGGAAGUUGAAGAUGAUGAGGCCCUAGAAUCAAGGGAAGUGGCAAAGGAGAUCACCAGGCAGAUGCGUGAAAAUCUGAUUGGUCAUCAAAGGGACGAGACUUUAGUUUCUUCUGUUUUUUCCAAUGGCUAUACUGGUGAUGAGAGUUCGUUUAACAAAUCAGAGAAUGAGUAUGCAGUGGGAAACAUAAGUGAUUCGGAAGUCAUGUCACCAUCUCCUAGGCAUUCAUGGGAUUACAUCAAUAGGUUUGGUAGCCCUUAUUCUUCUUCCUCCUUCAGCCGUGCGUCAUGCUCUCCAGAGUCAUCAGUGUGUAGAGAAGCAAAGAAGCGGCUGUCUGAAAGAUGGGCCAUGAUGGCAUCAAAUGGAAUUUUUCAAGAUCAAAGACAAGCUCGGAGAAGCUCUAGUACUUUGGGUGAGAUGCUUGCUCUUUCUGAUACAAAGAAGUUGGCAAGAUCUGAGGAUGGGAAUAUUAGUAAGGAACCAGAGUUAGUGGAAUCAGUUUCAUGCUUAAGUAAUAUUUUAAAUAAAGAACAAGAUUUGGUUGAUUCCCCUAAAAAUCUGUUGAGGUCAAAAUCUGUACCAGUAUCUUCAACUGUGUAUGGUACCGGGCUCAAUGUUGAAGUUUCUGAAUCUGAGGCUGGAAAAACGCAUGUUGCCAAGGAGUUAGUAAAGGCAAAGAGCAUGAAAUCAUCAAUCAAGGGGAAAGUUUCGAGUUUAUUUUUCUCUAGGAAUAAGAAAUCAAGUAAAGAUAAACCUGCAGUAUCUCGCUCUAAAGAUGAAUCUCAAUCUGCUGGCUCUGAAGCACCUGGGUAUCCAUUACACUCUCUUGGAGUGACUAGUGAUGCCACUUCUCAAUGUGCUAAUGACAGUGGCCUUUGUUCUGCAAUACAUGGAUCAUCAAGCAAAACUUCUCCAGAGACCAUCAUGGGUCAAAAACAAGGCGCAACAAUUUGUGAGGCAGCGUUGUCUGUAACCAAACCUGUAAUGCCUGGGAAUGUCAGUGAGAAUCGGGAUCAACCAAGUCCAAUUUCAGUUUUGGAACUACCACUUGAAGAUGAAAACACAUAUCAAGAUGCACAUGGCAAUAUGAAGCCAGACCUUCAGGGAAGACAAUUGCCAAUCAAGCCUAAUUUGAUUGAUAAAUCUCCACCUAUAGAAUCAAUUGCUCGGACUCUGUCCUGGGAUGAUUCAUGUGCAGAAACUGCCACCCAUUAUACAAUAAAGCCUGCAGUUUCCCUGGGCACUGAGGUGGAAGAACACGAUUGGCUUGCUAUUGUGCAAACGCUACUAUCAGUGGCUGGUCUUGAUGGCGAGGUGCAAUCACAGACAUUUUUUGCGAGAUGGCACUCGCUUGAUAGCCCAUUGGACCUAUCUUUAAGAGACAAAGUUGCCACCCUUCAUGAAAAGGAUUUACUGCCUGAAGCUAAGCGGAGGCAGCAUAGAUCAAAUUGGAAGCUUGUAUUUGAUUGUGUCAAUGCCACACUAAUGGAAAUUACAGGUUAUGGAUCAGAAAAGUGCCCAAUGGGCAGGCAAUGUAACGGGGACAACAACAGGCUCUUUGAGGGUGCAUCAACCAUGCUGGUGGACUGGGUGUGGACCCAUAUGCAGGAAUGGAUUUCUAGUGACGGGAGAUGUGUUUUGGCGGAUGGUGGAGACAAUGACAGCCUGGUGGUGGAGAGGCUUGUGAGAAAGGAGGUUGUGGGGAAAGGUUGGGAUGAGCUUUUCAGAUUGGAAAUAGAUAAUUUUGGAAAGGAAAUAGAGGUGAAGUUGCUGGAAGAGCUUGUGGCAGAGGCUGUGGUGGAUUUGACAGGUAGGCUGUGAAGAGGCUUUGCAUUCUUUUUUCUUUUUCUUUUUAAAUAUGUAUUUAAAUUGUAACUCUUGUUUUGUCUAUUUGAUUCUCAACGAUGAUUGUCCUACUCACCUAAUCUGUUUGGAAAUUGCAAAUAUUUUAACUAGUAUUUAUUUGAUAAUUUGUUUAUUUUGA